AUGGUACAGACUAGGAGACAAUCUAAGGAGGAAAUUAUAAAGGAAAUGGGAGCCAUGAAAAUUGAGGGCGGCCUAAGUGAGAAAAAGAUAAAAGAAGAAUCGUCAACCGUUCAGGAAUCAUUGAAUAAUGCUAGUCUGUGGACCCCUACACAAUUUCAAGAGGAACAGAGAAAAGACCAUAGUUUAGAAAAAAUAUUUAAACUAGCUAAGAAAAACUCGAGAACGUUCUCUAAAACAACAGAACAUGGAUUUAUUGUUAAAGAUAACACGCUAAUGAGAAUAUUUAGGGACCAUACCAAGGAAUACAAACAAUUGGUGAUACCACACAGAUAUAGAAACAUUAUACUCAGUCAGGCUCACGAUCUGUGUCUUGCUGGACACAUGGGUAGAAGGAAAACAAAGCAGAGAAUUCAGUCAGCCUUUUAUUGGCCUGGAAUGGAUAGGGAUAUAUCAGAAUACAUCCAAUCUUGUAAGCUCUGCAUGAACAAAACUAGGACGCCCCAGUUGGCACCUAUACAGAAAACUGAUUUGGUUUGCAGACCAUUCGAAAAGAUAGCAAUAGAUAUAAUUGGACCGUUACAACCAACGUCCGCAAGGGGACAUAGGUUUGUCUUGACCGUUGUCGAUCUCGCUACGAGAUGGCCUGAGGCAUUCCCUCUCAAAAAUACAACUUCUGAGGACACUGUGAACUGUUUGAUACAGGUGUUUUCAAGAGCGGGAUUCCCCGAUACAAUACUCUCUGAAAGAGGACCCCAGUUCACAUCAGAAAUUACUAGGCAAAUUUCAUGCUUGCUGGGGAUCAAACAGACCUUUACAUCUCCAUACCAUCCCGAAAGCAAUGGUAUAUGUGAACGCCUGAAUGGCACGAUUAAGACAAUGAUGGGAAAAAUUCCUAAGAGGAAUGCUAACGAAUGGGACUUAUAUCUACCUUGCCUAUUAUUCGCAUACAGAGAAGUGCCUCACUCUAUAACUGGCUUCUCUCCAUUUGAACUGGUUUUUGGUGCCAACCCAAAAGGUCCUAUGGAUAUCAUGAAAUCUUUACUUGUGGAUGACCGACUGAACCCUGAGAUGAAGUCUACAUAUGAACGAGUGAUAAAUCUGAGACAUCAAAUUAUUGGGUCAUGUGAGAUAGCUAAAGCAUCUAUAGAGGAUAAGGCUAAUCGAUAUAGAUCUAAAAUGAACGUCGGUAGACAUGUAAGAAAAUUUAAGGUUGGUGACCAGGUUAGGAUACUACUACCCUCAAGAGAAAAUAAAUUACAAUUGGCAUGGAUGGGUCCCUAUACUAUUUCUAGAAUAGUGACGAAUGUCGAUUACGAAAUAAUGAUCAAAGACAAAAAGAAAAUUUUCCAUGUGAAUAUACUUAGUCCUUUCCACAUGAGACCCUCUGAUUUAGAAGUACCGGAAUAUACAGCUACCAUCAAUUGUGCUGUGGUUAGUGAUGACACUGAUCAGGAUGAUACGUACGAAAUUCGGACGAUACCCGUUAACAACGAAUCUUUUCGAGACAUAGACUUAAAACAUAUUCCAGAAGAAUUCCAGGAAAGGAUAGAACAGUUAUUAUCAAAAUAUCAGGAGACAUUAUCUGCUGUUCCCGGCAGAACCAACACGAUCGAACAUGAGAUUAAAGUGAUAUCGGACACCCCCAUUAAAUUAAAACCAUACGAGAUACCCCUACAUUAUAGAGAUCAAGUACAAAAGGAAAUCAACGAACUAACGGAGACAGGCACAAUUGAAAUGUCGGAUUCGCCUUAUGUGUCCUAG